GUGUGGUAACCCGACACGGUAGCGCGCGAAAGGAAAUUAAAAGCCGGUUUGUGUGGAGGUGGCCGAGUGUGUAGGACCUCCGCUUUCCUCAGGACCUGAAGGGGUCAAAGGUGAAAGGCCAGUAACGACAGCGGCGCGAGGCGAAGGGGUUCAGGGAUGGCCAAGCACCACCCGGAUUUGAUCUUCUGCCGCAAGCAGGCGGGCGUGGCUAUUGGACGACUAUGUGAAAAAUGUGAUGGCAAGUGUGUUAUUUGUGACUCUUAUGUGCGGCCCUGCACACUGGUGCGCAUAUGUGAUGAGUGCAACUAUGGGUCUUAUCAAGGGCGCUGUGUGAUAUGUGGAGGUCCUGGUGUCUCUGAUGCAUACUACUGUAAAGAAUGCACCAUCCAGGAGAAAGAUAGAGAUGGCUGUCCCAAGAUUGUCAAUCUGGGCAGCUCAAAAACAGACCUCUUCUAUGAGCGAAAGAAGUAUGGCUUUAAGAAAAGGUGAUCCCAUCUCCACCAUGGUACAUUUGCUGGAGACUGCAAGGAUUCUUUUUUUUAAAAAAGGACUGCCAUCUUACUGGAAAGCAGCUCAUUUGUUCUUAGUCCUUAAAAUUUGUUGCAGAAACUAGUAUGUAAAACUAAAUUUGGAGGUUGCUGUCUUCCCUGCCAUUCCUCAGUGGUCCCUAAUGUUACCAAGGGAGUUGAGCAUUUUUAUUGCAUCUGUGUCUCAGAGGAAGGAGAUUUACAUUUCAGCCCCUGUGACUUCCAAUCUACCCCUUUAUAGAUAAGCAACCUAAAUUUCUGUUGACUGAAUCCUUUCACUUAGUGUUAUGACCGCGCCUAUAUUUUCUCUGAAGUAAGCCAAGCCACAGCAUCUUUGUGAAUUAUGCAUCAAUAAAGUUUUAUAGUAGUCUUCUAAA